AUGGAGUUUCAACUACUUCCUCAGGACCCCAAACCGCAGGUUAGAACCUUAAACCCUACGUUCGUGGGCAGUAGUGUCUUGGCGGUAAAGUACAGGGAUGGAGUUCUUAUGGGCACUGAUACAUUAAUUAGUGCUGGUCACAGCGGUCGUGAAUUUUCUAAAGAGCGAUUGGUUAAGAUCGGUGAUAGAUGUGUAAUAGCUUGUUCUGGCGAUCAUGCGGAUCUUCAACAUCUAGGAGAAUAUUUGCAAAGCGUUCAUCUAAAGGAUGAAAUGAUGGGGGAUGAUAUAACCAAGUCGGCUGAGGAGUAUCAUUCGUUAUUAUCAAGGAUGAUCUAUAAUCAACGUAAUAAGAUGAAUCCGUAUUGGACGAACAUGGUGGUGAUUGGUGAUGGUAAUAACGGUAAAGAUUUCUUCUUGGGAUCUUGCGAUAUGUGGGCUACCUCUUUGAAGGAGGAUUUGUGGACGACAGGACUGGGUCACUACUUCAGUGUACCGCACUUGCGCAAUGUGAAGGACGUCAAAGAGAUGAGCCUUGAGGAAGCCAAAGAGUUGCUUAUCAAGUGCUUCAAAAUAAACAGCAAGUACGACUGUUUCAGCUCGGAAGAGAUCCAAUUUGCUUACGUUAAUGCCACUGGAACGCAUAUUGAAACACCCUUGAGGGCUAGCCCCAGAAUGUAA